AUGGGUUAUAAUCAGCUUUCAGGUGUUAUACCCUCAAAUUUGGAUACUCUACAAGAUGUAGGGAUGUUGCAAUUAAAUGAUAAUAAUCUAGGAGGGACCAUCCCAUCAUCUUUGGGAAAUCUAACCAAGUUGAUUUCUCUAUAUCUUGCCGGAAACCACUUUCACGGGCAAAUUCCUUCACAUCUAUCAAAUUGCCAGUCUCUUAAUCUACUUGACCUGUCUGACAACAAUUUGAGUGGUACCAUACCCCCACAGCUUAUAGGUCUCUCAUCAUUAGCGAUUAUUCUGAAUUUGUCUUGGAACCAUUUGACGGGGGAUCUACCCAUAGAAGUUGGCAACUUGAGAGCCUUGACUGCUUUGGACAUUUCAAACAAUUUGUUGGAAGGUGAAAUCCCAAUCGAUUUAGGUGAUUGCACUGCAUUGACAUCAAUGAGGAUGGGGGGCAACCUCUUCCACGGCUCCAUUCCUCAAUCAAUCGUAUCAUUAAGAGGCAUUGAAGAAUUAGAUCUUUCACACAAUAAUUUGUCCGGUCAAAUUCCAGCAUUUUUAGCAGAAUUUCGCUUCUUGAAACUUCUGAAUUUAUCGUACAAUAAUUUUGAAGGCAUGUUGCCACGUGAAGGAGUCUUUAAAAAUGUUACCGGUGCUUCUAUUAUUGGGAACAAUAAGCUCUGUGGUGGAUUGCCAGAAUUUCACCUCCCCAACUGCAUCUCCAAAAGCUCUAAGAGUAGAGAGAGAAAUAUAGUGAUAUUGUCUGCUUCUAUUAUUUUCGGAGUUUUUGGAAUAGCUUUUAUAUAUCUUUGUUGGUCGAAGAAGAAAGUAAAUGAACCAAUAUCAAAUUCGAGAAAUGAUUCACAUCCGAACAUGUCAUAUGGAGCACUCCUAAAAGCAACUGAUGGUUUUUCUUCAACAAAUUUGAUUGGUGUUGGAAGCUUCGGUUCUGUUUAUCGGGGGAUACUUGAAGACAAUGGAAUUGUUGUUGCCGUGAAGGUGCUUCAUUUAGUCCAUCAUGGUGCUCUGAAGAGCUUUUUUGUUGAGUGCGAGGCAUUUAAGAACAUUAGACAUCGAAAUCUUUUGAAGAUAUUAGCAAUUUGCUCAUGUAGUGAUUAUCAAGGAAACGAUUUUAAGGCGUUGGUCUAUCAAUUCAUGGAAAACGGAAGCUUGGAGCGGUGGCUACACCCAAAUGCAGCAUCAUCUCUUGGGAACAAUCUCCCGAGAAAUUUGAAUUUCAUUCAAAGGAUAAAUAUCGCUAUUGAUGUUGCUUUCGCAUUGGAUUAUCUUCAUCACCAAUGCCACAUCCCCAUCGUUCAUUGUGAUCUAAAGCCAAGCAAUAUCCUCUUAGAUGCUGAGAUGGUUGCACAUGUUGGCGACUUUGGAUUGAUGAAAUUCCUUCUCGGAUCAUCCAUUGAUACCGUAGCUAAUCAGAUGAGCUCGAUGGGUCUUAGAGGGACAAUUGGUUAUGCUCCACCUGAAUAUGCAAUGGGAUGCAUGGUUUCAAGAGAAGGGGAUGUCUAUAGUUAUGGCAUUCUUUUACUAGAGAUGUUCACAGGGGCCAGUCCCACUGAUGACAUAUUCAGAGACAAUUUGACUCUUCAUAAUUUUGUUGCAAAAGCUUUGCCUGGACAAGUGCUUGAAAUUACAGACAGUGUUUUGCUUCAAGAAAGAGAGAGCCAUUUAGGUCUCUAUAGUCCCCAGCAUUGGCUUUUUGAAAGCGAUGACAUAUAUCGAGAUUGUUUGGUUAUGCUGUACAAUAUUGGAAUUGCUUGUUCAUACAGUGUGCCUGAAAGACGGAUGAGGAUUAGCGGAAUUGCAAAUCAGCUGCAACAGAUUAGGGAAAAACUCUUUGCGUUGGGUUUAUAUGGAGAAGAUGAACUACCGACAGCUUAUGUUUAGCUGUUAUCCUAGAGUUUUAUAAGCAAACGGAAUCAGACAGGGGGACUUCAAGAUUUUGUGGGCACUGGUUAACUUCAAGUCAAACAUCUGGAAAGCCAUCUAGAUGGAUCCAUCAUCCAUUCUUUAAUACACGCCCUUGCCCAAAGAACUUGUUUUAUGUAUGCCAACAUCUUUGCUAAUCAAGCUUAUAGCAUUUGAAAAUGCGCAAGUAUGCUUGAAGACAAAAACUGAGCUAUAUAGGAGUAUCACAAACGCUUUUUGUUAUAAUAUCAAUAAUGUGAUCCCAUUCAAUUUA